GUUAGGGCAGAUAUCAUCAUGAGAACUCUGAUGUUGCUCUUUCUUGGCGUGACCAGUACCUGGGCCACGGACUACGAACUGCUGCUCGAGGAUCCGGACAUCCUCUCGCCGUGCAGCGAUGGGCCGCCCGGCUCUAUCGACGCCAGACAGGCAGCCAAUUUCGACGAUUUUAUGAUCAAUGCUGAUGCUGAUGUACUCCACGUCUCUGGCAACGUCACCCUCACGUGGGAUGUGCAGCCCACCGAUCGUAUUGCAGCAAGGCUUGAGUUGUUCCACUUCAACCGCGGAUCCUGGGAGUCCACUGUAUUCAGCAUGUCCUCGCAGGACUUCUGCUCCAUCAUGUACGACAAGAACCAGUACUGGUAUAAGUAUUGGACUGGAUUUAUAACCAACCGCCACGAGGUGGAAAAAAAGUGCAUCACAGAGCCUGGAGUAAGUUCCUUACAUUUGCCGUUCGAUUUAAGACUUAAGCUUAUGAAUUUUUAUGGUACAACUCUUCGAGGACGUUAUAAAAUGGUCAUAGUGUUGAACGCACUCGACGAUCAGAACAUGCCGCGCCCAAAUCCCAUUUGCCUGGAGAUCCGAGGGGAACCCAUCAAGUUGAAAUAG